AUGGCAAAAGUAGGAGAAGGAGAUCCAAGAUGGGUAGUUGAAAACAGACAAGAUGGUCGUAACGUAAACAAUUGGCAUUGGAGUGAGUUUGAUUGUAUGUCAUGGAGCAAAACAAAGCUUGCUACCUUGAUUGGUGAUCAAACACUUCUCGACAAUGACGUUGCCUCUAUCAAAACAUUGCCAACCGUCACUGUCACUGGUGAAUGUUCAUCGAUGAAUAGAAAGGGAAAAACAAUCUUUCUCUUUGAAUUGACUAUCAAGGCAAACUGGGAAGGAAAGUUAAAGGAUCAACCUGAUGAUAAACCUGUAAAGGGUGAGUUCAUAUUGACCGAAUAUGAAGAUGAAUCGGAAACUAAACCAACCGUCGGUGUUACUGUUUCAGGUGAAUCAAACAACAGUGCCGAUAAAUUAAAGAUGUUGGCUAGAGCUCACGGUAUCCCUUUCAUUCAUUCCGCUCUUCAACAAUAUAUUAAAGAAUUAAAAGAAACGUAUAUAAGAAAUGCUCCUCCACCUGUACAAAAUGAAAAUAAUAAUAAUAAUAAUAAUAAUAACAACAACAAUAAUAACAAUAAUAAUAAUAAUACAACUACAACCACUGCAAAAAAACCAACAGAAGAAAGUGUACCAACACCAAAUUUAAAAUUAACACCAAAGAAUGUCAAUACAAAGACACUAACAAUUAGAGAAGAGUUCCAAGCCUCUCCAAUGGAUGCAUACGAUAUCUUUGUUAAUCCAGACAAGAUUCGUGCAUUUACACAAUCAGACUGUGUAUUUGAAAACAAAGAGGGAGGCAAGUUCUCACUCUAUGGUGGAUUCAUCACAGGUACCAAUGAAAAGUUGACACCCGGUGCCACUAUCCAACAAAAGUGGAAACUCAAUGAUUGGGCCAGUCACCAAUAUUCUACUGUUACAAUCAAUUUCACUGUCGGUGAUAAACCAGUCACCAAUGUUGAAAUUGUUCAAACUGGUAUUCCAGCUGAAGAAUAUGAAAAGACCCAAGAAGGUUGGAGAAGAAACAUUCUCGAAAGAAUUAAAAUGACAUUUGGGUAUGGUUCAAAGAUUUAUUAA